ACGUCUCCGUCCACAGUCAGUUUGUACUGAGUGUGAAGGCUUAUAAAGUGCUGAACGAUUUUAAAGGGACACCAUUUCAACAUGACAGCAUUGCAGAGGAUAGCUAAGGAGCUGGAGGAUCUCGCAGACAACCCGCCAGAUUAUUGUUCGGCAGGCCCCGUGGGCAACGACCUCUUCCACUGCCAGGCGACCAUCAUGGGGCCCCGCAACUCGCCCUAUGAAGGUGGCCUCUUUGACGUCGCCAUUGACUUCCCCAAAGACUAUCCUUUCAAGCCACCCAGGAUAAGUUUCAAGACACCCAUCUACCACAUCAACAUCGACGUUGACGGUGAUAUUUGCUUGGAUAUUUUGGGCAGCGAGUGGAGCCCCGCCAUCUCUCUCUCCAAAGUUCUGUUGAUGAUUGUCGCCCUCCUGAACGAGCCGAACCCGGACGACCCCCUCCGCUGGGAAGCUUUCCAGGAAUACAAGAACGGGAAGGAAUCCUAUGACAGGACAGCCCAAAUGUGGACCUUUAUGUACGCCAGAAAUUAGGCUUUUGCCCUCGUUUUGUUUGUCCUUCUCUGUCGUUUUCUUAUGUUUUGUGUCUCUCACACACACACACGUGUGUA